UAUUAUAAUGUUAUGCGGGUAUUCUAGGAAAUAAUAUUGUAGCUGUCAAUUGAUGUAAGCAGUCCAUAAUAAACCGUUGUUGCAACUCGGCGUUUUACUUCGAUAUAUUACAGUGGCGCAGUCGAAAUAAUAAGUUUUUCUUAGUUUUAAAUGUCGGGCAAGAUGUCGGUCGGCAAAUUAGGCGAGUUUAACCUCAGUUCGGGUACGUGGAGUACCUAUAUCGAUCGAAUGGAGCAAUAUUUUCUUGCCAACGACGUGAAACCUAACCUACAAGUACCUACGUUGCUCGCGUGUGUAGGUGACGCAACAUACGAACUGAUGGUGGAUUUGUGUUCUCCAAAGAAGCCUGGUGAGAUGACAUUUAGUGAAUUGGUCCACCUAGUGAAAAAACACAUUCAGCCAACGCCAUCGAUUCUCGCGGAGAGAUAUAAAUUUCGGAAACGAGUACAGGCUCAGAGCGAAUCGGUGGCUCAGUUCGCAGCAGCUUUGAAACACUUAGCCAGAGAUUGCGAUUUUAAGGAUAACCUAGAGGAGAACUUGAGAGACCAGUUUGUAUGUGGCCUAUACAGUGAAACUUCACGACAAAGGUUAUUCUGCGAGGAUAGCGUGACCUUCGCGUCGGCCUUCAAAAAGGCCGUUGCGUUGGAAGCAGCCGCGAAUGACGCUGCGGCAGUCGAACAACGGACGACGACGGACGGCGCGGUGCAUGCGGUGCACGCGCAGGGGGCGCGCCCACCGCGUCCCGACGGCGCCGCGCGCGCGGAGUCGCGGCGGCGUUACGAAGGUUCUGGAAGUAGGGGCCGUCAUGCAAGUGGGCUAAAUAAUCGACAGAAGACCGGAGCGUGUCUGUGCUGUGGAAGCAGAGACCACACUAGGCCGGACUGCCGCUAUCAGAACUUUACUUGCAGGGUCUGCCUGAGGCCUGGACAUCUGCAGCGCGUAUGCCCUAGUGCGGGACGGAAAGCGGAGGGUCAAGUCCUCCGGCUAGAUACAGCACAUCGAGUGGAAGGGAUAGAACGAAGCGGUGACAGUGACGGCGAACGUGAGAACUCGGCUGGGUAUUAUGAUGACGAAGGAGUCGGAGGCCCCAGCGGGCUGUACAUGGUACGACUGACGGGAUCUGAUCCGGUAGUGGCCGAAGUGACCGUGGCGAAUAGACGGCUGGCCAUGCAUGUGGAUACCGGUUCGCCUAUAUCAUGUAUAAGUGACAAAAUAUAUGCGGAGAUGUUUUCGAAAUACAAGGUACAUGAUAAUAGUUACAAGCUAAAAGGCUAUGACGGAAGUGAUAUUAAAUGUGUCGGUUAUAUCAUAGUGCCCGUUAAGUAUGGCCUUAUCAGUGAAAACCUUAAAUUAUACAUAAUUCUGAAAGGCGCGGUGCCUUUGCUAGGCAGGGAGUGGUUAAUAAAGUUGCGUAUGAGUAUUACGGUGCCUAAAUCGGUCCUCGCUAUCGGUAAAGAAAAAUGUGGCGGAUUCGAUAAAAAUAAGUUUAUAAGUGAGUACCCGGGAGUGUUCAGUGGCAAGCUGGGCCGGCUGCGCAGCCAGUGCGCCACGCUGCGCGUGCGGGAGGACGCGCGGCCGGUGUUCCGGCGCGCGCGGCCGCUCCCGCUCGCACUGCGCGGGGACGUCGACGCCGAGCUUCAGCGCAUGGAAUCUGCAGGUAUUAUAGAACCCGUACCAUCCUCAGACUGGGCCUCGUGUUUAGUAGUAGUUUUAAAGAACAAUGGUUCCUUAAGGAUUUGUGGAGAUUACAAAAGCACGGUAAAUCCGAUGCUCGAAAUUGAUAAAUAUCCGUUACCUAGGUCCGAGGUAUUGUUUAAUAACUUAAACGGGGGGAAAAGGUUCACUAAAAUCGAUUUAUCGGAAGCGUAUAGCCAGGUAACCUUAGAUGAGUCCAAGAAAUAUACCGUCGUUAAUACCCACCGGGGUUUAUAUGUUUACAAUAGGCUGGUUUACGGAUUAUCGUCAGCUCCGUCGAUUUUCCAGCGUAUUAUGGAGCAAGUGGUAGCUGGGAUCCCUAACGUUUCAGUUUUUUUAGAUGACAUUCUUAUUACCGGUAAAACGGAAGAAGAACAUGAAAAAAACUUACAUGCAGUGUUUAAAAGGUUGGAGGAAGAGGGUCUUACAGUCCGGCAAGAGAAAUGUUUUUUCUUUGAAAAAGAAGUCAGUUAUUUGGGGUUUAUUAUAUCGGAACACGGGAUUAGGACGGACGAUAAAAAGAUUGAAGCGGUAGUUAGGGCACCGAAACCGAGUAACGUGUCAGAGUUAAAAUCUUUUCUCGGAAUGGUUAACUUUUAUUCUAAAUUUAUUAAAAAUAUAUCUAUUUUAUUAGCCCCUCUAUACACAUUGUUAAAAAAAGGUGUCGAAUGGAAGUGGAGUGAGGAACAAGACAAGGCGUUCCAGGAUAUUAAGAUAGCUCUAACCAGUUGUCCGGUUUUGAUGCAUUACGACGAGCGGUUACCACUUAUUGUGUCGUGUGACGCGAGCGCGGGGAGGACGGCGAACGGCCCGUCUCAUACGCGUCUCGCACGCUUAGCUCGGCGGAGGCUAACUAUAGUCAGAUCCAACGGGAAGCACUGGCGAUAGUAUUUGCGGU